UUUUAUUCUUUCUUUCCUUCAUCCAACAACAGCAAAGUCACCGAUUACGUUCUCUAAAAUUCACUCCUAGAAAACUCUAUUUGAUUCCACCGAAACCCUAACCCCCUUUCGACGAACGAAGGGCAAUCAGUUGCUCGCUCCUUGGAUCCAUUCUUGAAAUUCUCGUUAUCGCUCUUCGAACUCAAGCUCUCUCGCUCACGAUUUCUGCUUCUGCACCAAUUUCUGCGGUUUCUCAAGAUUUAGAGGUUCUAAGUGGUUCAUUCCUUUGAAGCAUGCCGGGGUUAACGUGCAACGCUUGCAACACCGAAUUCAAAGAUGAUACAGAGCAAAAGCUCCAUUACAAAUCCGAGUGGCAUCGAUACAAUCUCAAGCGCAAGGCCUCUGAAGGAACUAGUCACGCAGAUGAGAAGGCAAUAGUUAAGCCUCUUCCACAACGUGUUGUGAAUAGGCCUCCUCCUAGGAGAGAGGUAGAUAACUCUGAAAAUGAGGAAAGUGAAGAUGAAUGGGAGGAGGUUGAUCCUGAAGAGGAUUUGGUUGAUGGUGCUGCAAAGUCCUUGACUGAUUUGAAUGUGAAUGAGCAUGGUGAAAAUGUUGAUAUGGAGGUAGAUGAUGAUUUUGAGGAGUUAGACCCCUCUUGUUGCUUUAUGUGUGAUCAAGAGCACAAAUCAAUAGAAAACUGCAUGGUUCACAUGCACAAGCAUCAUGGAUUCUUCAUUCCUGAUGUUGAGUAUUUGAAGGAUCCAAAAGGCCUCCUCACCUAUCUUGGCCUUAAGGUCAAAAGGGACUACAUGUGUCUGUACUGCAAUGAUCGAUGUUAUCCAUUCAGCAGCUUGGAAGCAGUCAGGAAACAUAUGGAGGCAAAAAGUCACUGUAAAGUGCAUUAUGGUGAUGGUGAUGAUGACGAGGAGGUAGAAUUAGAUGAGUUCUAUGAUUAUAGCAGCAGUUAUGUGGAUGAUCAAGGCAAGCAGCUUGUUGCGUCUUGUGAUGCAUCUAACAAUGUAGAACUUGUUGGUGGGUCUGAGCUCAUAAUCACCACGAAAUCUGGUGAAAGAUCAUCAACCAAAACACUAGGUUCCCGUGAAUUUUUGCGUUAUUAUCGUCAAAAACCUCGGCCAUCACUAGCAAAUAUGGCUAUCACUGCUGCGUUGGCUUCAAGGUACAGGAGCAUGGGCUUGACCACUAUCCAAUCAAGGGAGAAGAUUGUGAGGAUGAAAGUGCUGAAGGAAAUGAAUAGGUCAGGUGUGGACAAUAUGCGUACUAAGAUGGCGAUGAAGAGUAAUGUCAUCAGGAACCUGCCAAAGAAUGUACCAUAUUAGUCCUCACUGGUAAUAGUUUUACAUGAGUGGUGCUGUGUAUUAGUUUUUUCUAUAAGGUUUCCUCAUGAAAUAAUUUUUCAUUUCUUGAUCUUAUGAAUCAUCCACAAGGUAUCCAUCAAAGGUAGUAGAGUGACAUGAUAUACAUGAUAUUUUCCAAUGAGGAAUUAGGCAUUUUACUUAUUUCUUUGUCGUUAGGGUUUUCAUCAACAUCUGGAUGAUAAGGACACCUUUCUGGUUGGUGCUUUUUUUGGGGGGAGUGGGGCAUGAAGUUGAUAUUUAUUUUAUUUUUGAAAACGAUGGAACCAUAGUGAGUGGAAAUUUUAAUUUUAAUCCUAGAGGAAUUACAAUUUUGCAUUCU